AUGGGCGGAGACAGCAGGUGUCGGAACGGCCAGACCAGCGGAGGAGGCGAGCCACAGGGGCGUAGAACCUGGAACCUGAUGGAGGGCAGCGGUAGCCAUCAGUACCUAAGUGAAGCGCAAAGAGUUACGCCGUGCGGGAAAUCCGACGAAAUGAGAUGGCGCGGAUUCUGCUUAGCCCCUUGCACGUCACUGGGCCGGACAAAAGCCGUAGCUGGCCUCCGUAAUGCGGCCGUAUACGGUGGUGGGUUCGCUAAGGGGUCCGCCCUUUCGCCCGGGCCCUACCCAAGCUGCGCGCGUCGGAAUCGGGGUCCCGACACAAUUUUCCGGGUGGAUGCAUUU